UUAAGCGCUCCAAAAAUUGAAAAACCUUCAAAAAGAAGGGUGGGGUUGUGUUUUCUUCUUGGUGUGCUUCACGAGCAUUUCAAUUAGUCCAAUUUCAGUUUCAAUCUUUGUCUAACCCACCCGAUUCCAACCCCUUCAGAUCUCUCUCCGUCUUCCCUCUCUAUUUUUUUCUUCCUUCCUCUCUGUAAUGCCAUUGACAUCAAUCGACUACUACGACUCGUCGUAGAUCGUCGUAUCGCCGGCUGGACCUCUAUCUGUUCAGACUUGAGAUUACUCCUCCCAAUCACCAGAAUAUAAAAAAAGAAAAAGAAAAAAUGGGAGCCGUGCCUUCGACCCCAAGCUGGGGAAGCGCGCGGCCACAAGACACGGCUGAGUACCUGAUCGCAUCCUUUGUCGGCGACAAGUCGUUCCCUAUCUCCUCUGAUUUCUGGCAAAAGCUUCUUGAGCUCCCUUUCGAUCUUCACUGGCCCUCCCACCGUGUUCAUCAAGCUUGCGAGCUUUUCGCGCGAAAUAACUAUAAAACCAGGCAUCUUGCAAAGAUUCUGAUCCAUUUGACCUGGUGUUUGCAAGAAUGUAUAUCGACUUGUGGUGCUCCAUCUAUUGCCUACGGGAAGGCUCUUAAUGCAGUGAACAUCUCAUCAAUUUUUCUCAAGUACUUGAUUGAAAAUGCAAAAACAGACAAGAUUGAGGAGUUAUCUCUGUCCCUAGAUGAGAGCGAACCAAUACCAACAGAUGUUCCAAGAGGUCUAAACGUUGAAGAUUUUCUUAUGCGCAGUGUGCUUAGCUUCAUUGGCUCGAUAGAAGUAAGACCCACUACCCACCUCCUCCAUUUGGAGCUGCUUAACUUCAUGCUGAUUGCAAUGUCAACUCAACUUCUUUCUGGGCCAUCUCCAGGACCAAAGGAUGUUAACCCCUUCAUUGAUGCAGCAAUGGCUCAGGAAAGCUCUUUGGUUAUCUUGGUUGUGCGCAAACUGCUAGUCAAUUACAUGAUGCGACGUUCCAUACCCUUGAGUAGUGCAUCUUAUUCUAUAUUUCCAGAAGAAAGUCAGCCUGGUGUCUUGCAAAGAGUUGGUUCUGCAGCUGCAAAUAUUGUGUUGAUGCCAUUCAACUAUCUUGUCAAUUCAAGUGGUGAAGGCUUAAAAAGUCCAUUAGCUGAGUGUAGCCUUCAUGUACUACUUGUUCUGAUUCAUUACCGUAAAUGUGUUGAUGGGGAUAUGCUCAUAAUGGAUGGAAAUGAUGACCAUGCUGCUUCAGAUUCCAGUUUGAAACAAAAUACAUGUUUUUCUCAGAACCCUUACUGCAGGGCCUUAGAGAAUGCGACAGAUGUUGAAUUUGAUCGUUUAGAUACUGAGGGGAACGCACAAAGUGGUCCAGUUUUGAGGCUACCUUUUGCAUCUCUUUUUGAUACUCUCGGAAUAUGCCUGGCUGAUGAGGCAGCUGUGCUAUUGCUCUACUCGUUGUUGCAAGGAAAUUCUGACUUUUUGGAAUAUGUUUUGGUGCGAACUGAUUUGGAUACAUUGUUAAUGCCGAUUCUGGAAGCAUUGUACAAUGCUCCAAAGAGGACGUCUAAUCAAAUCUACAUGUUGCUGAUUGUACUUCUCAUACUCAGUCAGGAUUCUUCUUUUAAUGCAAGCAUUCACAAAUUGAUACUUCCUACUGUACCAUGGUACAAAGAACGUCUCCUCCAUCAGACAUCUCUAGGUUCCCUGAUGGUAAUAAUUUUGAUACGAACUGUGCAGUAUAACCUUUCAAAACUGCGGGAUGUUUAUCUCCAUACCACCUGCCUAGCAACUUUGGCAAACAUGGCACCACAUGUUUACCGUUUGAGUGCAUAUGCAUCGCAGAGACUGGUCAGCCUUUUCAAUAUGCUAUCACGGAAGUAUAACAAAUUAGCGGAACUACGAGGUACUAAUGUACAUUUAACCAAAGGAAAUUCAUUAGAAGAAAACGGCCUAGCAGAUGAUGUGUCAGCAGAGAUGCAUUUAUAUACCGACUUCCUCAGGCUUGUCCUUGAAAUAUUGAAUGCAAUAUUGACUUAUGCCCUACCACGGAAUCCUGAGGUUGUAUAUGCAAUAAUGCACCGACAAGAGGUUUUUCAGCCUUUCAAGAAUCAUCCACGCUUUAAUGAGUUGCUUGAAAAUAUUUAUAACGUGUUGGAUUUUUUCAACAGUCGCAUGGAUGCCCAGAGAAUGGAUGGUGAAUGGUCAGUUGAGAAAGUACUUCAAGUUAUUAUUGUAAAUUGCCGAUCUUGGCGAGGUGAAGGGAUGAAGAUGUUCACUCAAUUACGCUUCACAUAUGAACAAGAGAGUCAUCCAGAGGAGUUCUUCAUUCCUUACGUGUGGCAGCUUGUUCUCUCCCGCUGUGCAUUCAGUUUCAACUCUGGAGCCAUAAAUUUGUUUCCGGUAGAUCAACCUGCCGAAAAACAAAGUAACGACAACAUUGGUGCGGAUAAUCACCUAAACGAUGAUGUGGAAAAUCAUGCAGUGUUCCUUGAUGUGUAGAAGAGUUGUUCAUACUUCUUGGUGAAUAUGUAAAUACAUAAUUUAGUAGGAAAAUGUAUUCUUCUAAUUCUUUCCUGUUUAUAUAAAUAUAUUCGCAUUACUGUAGAGGCCUUUGUAAUUUUUAUUUUUUUUUGGUCCAAUGGAUAUAAUUUCCAAUUACUCGGUGUAAUGAAUAAGAGAAGUUACAUCUUUUGUUUUAA